GAGGGACUGGUUUACCGUGCACACCUGUUGGACAAGCUCCUCCCUCCCCUCCGCUCACUCUGGUUUUGGCACCGUGUGGUGGCAUCCUGCUUUAUUUGCCACGCGCUAACAAACACAGAACUCAGCAUCAGAUGGUGAAAUGAACAAGAUGGCUGAUAGUUGAAAACCGCCGAGUGACAAGUCCACAGGUAACAUGAUGGAGGUGGCAGGUUCCUGGACAGAGGUCUUUGAGGGCUCGGAGAGGAUGGAGGAGUCUGGAGGAGAGGAGCUGCUGUUGGGCAGCUCCACUCUGACUCUAGCUCCUCUGGUGGCCGACUCGCCGUCUGUCCGCCGCUCGGAGCCCAUCCUGAUCGCCUCGAACAGGGCGAAAGAGUCGUACUCUUCCUCUUUCCCAUCCAUUCCCAACCCAUUUCCAGAGCUGUGCAGCCCUUCGAACUCUCCAGUCCUCAUUAACUCACUGCCACCACAGUCCAGUAACAAACAUCUGAUCAAGGUGUAUGGAGAGGACAGCCACAGCAGGUCGGUGUGGGUUUCUCCAGGAGCCACAGCCAGGGAGGUUUGCCACAUGUUGGUCCAGACGGCUCACUGCAGCGACCAGGAGACCUGGUCCCUCCUCGAGCUCCAUCCCACGCUGGGCCUGGAGAGGUGUCUGGAGGACCACGAGGUCGUGCUGGAAGUUCAGGCGACCUGGUCUCUAAAGGGCGACACGAGGCUAAUUUUCUGCAAGAACUACGCCAAGUACGAGUUCUUCAGGAAACCGAUGCUUUUCUUCCCAGAGAGCAUGAUCUCCGACAGCGCCGACGUCAGCAAGGGGAUGACGUCUUCGGAGCUGAUUCAGAACCUCGUGAGAUCUGGGACAUGUCCAGAGAUUCAGGGUGUCCUCCAUGUGAAAGAACCCAGCCGUAAGGCCUGGAAGAAGUUCUACUUCUUCUUGCGACGCUCUGGACUCUACUUCUCCACCAAGGGCUCAUCUAAGGAGCCUCGCCACCUGCAGUAUGUGGCCGAUCUGGACGAUUUGAACGUGUACACUGUGGUGAACAGCCGUAAACUGUACGGAGCUCCCACAGAUUUCACCUUUUGCAUGAAGCCUUCCAGGAAUCCCGUCCGUGUUCAGGACUUGAAGAUCCUGUGUGCUGAGAGCGAACAGACACGAACUUGUUGGACAUCUGCUUUCAGACUGUUCAAGUACGGGAAGCAGCUUCAGUGUAACUAUCAGCUGUCCAAGUCGGCUCCACGAAAACUGGAAGGAAUGAACCUCACGGACAACAAAUCAAAGUCGGAGGCGAGCCUGGUGGCCAUGGACUUCUCGGGGAAAGCCGGGGGACGGGUCAUCCAGAACCCAACCGAAGCUCAGAGCGCAGAGAGGGAGGAGGGACAAGCCUGGAGGAGGAGAGAGGCCCUGAGGUGCAGCCUGCCCAACCUGAACUCUGCUGCCAGACCUUCCUCCAUCCACAGGACUCAGCCAUGGUUUCAUGGUGGUGUGUCCAGGAAAGAAGCAGAAAGAUUGAUAGAGAAGCAGGGGCUGGUAGAUGGGAUGUUCCUGAUUCGUGAGAGCCAGCAGCAUUCUCAGUGCUUCGUCCUGUCGCUGUGUUACAAACUGAAGACCAAACAUUACCUGGUGAUCCCUUGUGAGGACGGAGGCAGGAAGUACUUCACCAUGGACGACGGCCUGACUCUCUUCAUAGACCUCCUGCAGCUGGUCGAGUUUCACCAAAUCAACAAAGGCAUCCUCCCGGUCUGCCUCAAACACCCCUGCGUCUGUGUAGCGCUAUAAACUGCAAACGCCUCCUUCUCGCUGCUCCGGCUCUGCCCUCUUCAUCUGCGAUGCAUUGAUGCAGUUAUCAGGGCUGCGAGACGAGGACUCGUGGGAAGCGAGGCUCCAGACACGAAGCAUAUUGCCGGCCCCUCCUCACUUUGGCAUUUUUAAUCAUUUUCCACAACAUGUGCAGCUCCAGACAGUGGCUGGGUUUUAUUCUUAAUUAAUGAGCCUCUCCCCCUGGAGACGGCUUAAUUAGCCACGUCAGACGGGCUUUUAGCGCUUUAGGAGAUGUUUGGAGGAAGAGCACCACCCACGGUGUGCUGCACUUUGCGUCUGAUCCAUGCCACGACCGCGACGAGAGGCUGACAGCUCGGAGAUGAACAUCUGCAGAGUUCAAUGAGAGUCUGCGGCCACCAGAGGGCGUUCUGUAACAAUGCAGAUGGAACAACAGAGCGACAGAACAGGAGGUCAUGGAUUUCUCAUGAGACAAAUGUCACAACACUGAAGAGAUCUGUGAUCAUUUAUUUAUUUUUUUCAAUCAUGAAAAAAAAAUGCCCCAGUUUGCAGUCAUGUAGCAUGUAAACUCUCUCUACUUUUCUGUUUUAAAAGGCUUUAAGAGUUGUUUCACUGCUGUAUUUGCACAGUGGCUAUGAAGGGGAAACUGCUGACUGUGUUGUGUGCUGAAAGAUGACAUGUUUUGUUUUCUGAUGUUUAAACAAGUAAAUAUCUCACAUAUACAGAUUUUAUGAUAUAAUACGUGCACAGAAAUGAAGAAGAACUCUUUAACUGCUGAGGAAGACUCAAGCUAUGACACUUUAUUUUACAGAUCUUAUUUUUCCUGAUUUCCCACUGUGUUUUUUUGGAACUUAAGUAUAAUUCAACUUGAAGUCUAAUAUAUUUAAUAACUCGUUAAUUGAUAUUUAGGGUUCACGUGUCAUUUAUUUCCAUUUACUGAAUUCUUGCAAAUUUCGCAAAAGUCAUCGUUAAGCUUUCUUCCUUUUUGAGUUUCUUAGUUUUUUGUAAAGAUGUCUUUUUUGACUUUACACUUACUGUUUACCAUUUUAUCAUGAAGAUGAAAACAUUAGCAGAUAUAGAAAAUAUUAACUGUGUCCUUUUCAGCCUUGUUUUAUUUGUUUAAUAAAUAAUUUCAUGUUAAACAUAAA